UUUGUUUUUAAUUGAACUGGCGUGGCCCAUUGUAGAUGUGAACAUUAUGCACUCAAGUUUAAACCGCUUUGGUCUCUAUGGCUAUGUUUUAGGAGAGAGAUCAAGAGCAGGAGGCUCACCGUAUCCUGAAGUCACAGUGCAAAGAGAUGAAGGAAACUUUAAAACAGUGUGAUGAGUUACUGCAGGUAAGUUUUUCAUCUCACUAAGUCAUGACUGCUAUAGUACAUUGUGUGUCAGUUGUUGAUCAGAAAAGUAAAUACAGUACCUUUGAGCAUUUUACAUAUGUAUAUUUAGAAACAAAUAUUCAAGCUUCAAAUCAAUACUGCUAUUGUGAACUGUAUGUGAGGACUCUUCUUCCCAAUGCAGCAACCGGAUGCAGCUCAGUUAGCUGACACUGUCAAUUAGCUGACACUGAUGUGUCAACAUUGCUAGCAUGAAAAUUUUAGCUGAAAAAACAGCAUUUUACCACAAAACCUCUAGUGUAUGUUGGUGAAAGACGUGCUUAUUUUUUCAGAUGUGAACCAAGCAACAGCAAGAAAAGAGCAAGGCAGAAGUCUGGCAUGAGCACUAAUUAAUAAUAAUCAAAGACACAACACUCCAUCCCACUUUUUCUCUUGGCUCACAAGACCAAAGCUCAUGAAAUCUAUAAAAAGUAUCUUUUAUAUCUACAUAUUUUCCCUUUUAGGAAAUUGCCUGUUCUUAUCUGGAAAAACAGAAAAGUGUAGUUUUAAGCUGUCUCCCAUCUGUAUCAAGGGGUUAAAAAUUGUAAAUAACAGCAAGCCAUAGUUAUUGAUACCUAUGCCUGAAUUUGGAACUGAAUGAACAAUCAUAGCAUGAUAAUAAUACAGUUGAGGCCUAUUUCAGAUUUAUUUACAUCACAGCAUCUGUUUCAUAUACUCUCAUAAAUCUGAACUGUAGAGGCUCAUUGUAGAUUUGAACAAUAAAUACCAAAGUUUAAAUCUCUUCUGCUCCAUGGUUGUGUUUUAGGUGUGUGAGCGAGAGGUGGAGGCUCACAUUAUCCUCAAGGUAAGUUUCUUCUCAUGUUACCAUGAUGUUAUUGUGAUAUAUGUUUGUCCUUGUAUUCUUGUUUAGUCACCUUUUUGGGGACAUAUUGCCCUUUUUCCACAAAACAUUUCAGUUUGUUCUGACAAGUGUUGUGUCAGGUACUCAAAAGUGUCUGAAUGUGUGUAUAACAAAAAAUAAAGGUCUCUCUGGCUGAAGUUGAGAGGAAAUACAAGCAGGCAAUAGAGUCCAAUGCUAAGCUGGAGAACGAGAAGUCUGACCUGAUGUCCAAGGUGGACAAACUGCAAAGCUCAGUGCAGGAGAUAAGCAACAUGCUCUCUGUGAUGCACAAUAAGUGUGCCGAGGCAACAAGAGUAAGUGAGAAAAACCUUGCAUUAAUCAGUUCCUUUAGAAAUAAUGCGAAGAUUCAUUAUGUUAAUACAGCAUGUUGAGUUAUACCAAAGGCUAUAUAUGUACUUGAACAAAAUAAAAAAAUAUAUUUAACAUGCUAGUUUUUUGUUGGAUAGAACUGUGAAAUAGCGCAGGGCAUUCUCAAGUUCGUGAAGUCCAAUGCCGAAGAGCGGGAGAAAAUAUUUAAUCAGGAAAAACAGUCACUUACGGUAAGAUUUUCUUUUCAUAUAACCACAACUGUUUUCCUGAAUUUUGUGUGUGUAUACAUUCUCGUAAACUUUUAUCCACAAAACAUUUCAGUGUGUUCUGACAAGUGAUGAGUCGAGUCCUCAAAUGUCUGACUGUGUGUUCAGAUGUGAAUAAUGCCAACAAGCUUUGGUUGUUGAACUUCCAGUCUUCUCUCGCUGAAGUUGAGAGGGAAUACCAAGAGAUUCUGGCUACCAAUGCUGAGCUAUUGGUUGAGCAGACUAACCUGAUAGCUGACGUGAACACACUGCAAGACUCAUUGCAUGAUCUGGAGGAAGAGCUCUCUGAGACCACGAGAAGGCGUAAUGAGAUAAUGAGGGUAAAUGAAAAACUCUUUCAUUUAGCAGUUCCUUUAGAAAUAAUGUAAGGAAUGUUGUUUGUGCUGCAUGAUGAGCUACACCACAGGCUAUAUGUAUGUGACCAAAAAUAAAGAUUGUAUUUCUACCAGAAGAUGUUAAUUUUUUUAUUGAAUAGAAGUGGUGCAUUGUAGAUGUAAAUAUUAAGCAAAGUUUGAACCUCUUUUUUUCUCAUGGCUGUGUUUUAGGAAUGUGAGCAAAAAAAUCAGGAGUUGAGAAUCCUGGGGACCAAAUGGAAUUUGAUGAAUGCAACUAUACUAAAGGCAAGCUUUACCUAAUUAUGCUACUUAAUAAGUGCUACUUAAUAAUGAGCAAUCCUUCCAUUUUUUAACUCUAUAUCAGAGCCUCUGUUUUUUUUUUAAGACAGAGGUUCAUGAAUUCACCCAUCAACAUUCACCUAGAUAUAGUCAGACAUGGAGAAAAACCCUGAUAGUCAGUGAUGGGAGUGAGGAACUGGAGGCAGGCUUGAGAGAGACUGAUGCUGAUGUUUUAUUAUUUUUUUCACUGCAUGCUUAUCAACACUUCUCAUGACAAACUUGGCAAAAAAAACAAAACAAAACUAAAUCCUGUUGAAUAAAAGCAAGCCACGCUGAACUGACUGAUCAGUUGUCAGUGCGUUUGGAUGUGCAUCAAACGUGGACACUGAGUUGAGUUUCCUAAAGUACACACAAUCCCUGUCCAUCUUAGGCACAAGGACCAGUCACUGUGGCACUCCACAAUUACCCCCAUGUCUAGUAUAGACUAGAGCUCUUCCUGAACAGUUUUUGUUUUCUUGUGUUUGGGGAGCAGCUGUGUCCAACCAUCAUGAGGGUGUCUCGUAUGACCAGCCAGGGGUCACACCCCAGAAUGUAUAUUCCUGUGUUAGUUGGCCCAGUUUGUGGACUUUGGAUGUCAGAUAUAGCACAUACUGAAUUUUAAUUUUACUUUGUAAAGAUCCCUCCUCCCAGUUUUCCCAGACAACAUUGAAGAUGCCCAGGCGCUUGUACCAACACAAUAAGUAAAUUGGGGAGAACCUGGUGGAGGCUUGCAGGACCUCUCCCAAUUUCUCCCAAUUAUCCCAAUUUCGAUCAUCCUCAUUCAUCAAAUUUCCAAUCAUAUUUUUAUGUCUUCGUGUGAAAUAAAGGAAGUGCCUUGAUCAAUUGAAAUCUCUUUCAGGACUCCAACUUGGGAGAUCAUUUGAAAUAGUGCCUCUGUAAUACUGAGUGCAGAGAUGUUGUGGGGAAGCACUGCUUCUGGGUAUCACAAUGUGUAAUCUACCAGGACUAACACAAAAUGUUGCCUUUGUGCACUCAUGGCCCUACAAGUUCCAGGUCAAUUCCUUCGAAGGUGAUCUCAAUUAAUGGAAGGGGGCGCAAUGGUGCUUUUGGGGUGGCAGGAGAAUUCACCAACUGACGUCCAGGGCAUGCUGCACACCAGCUCUGAACAUCAUUAUGAAUACCAGGCCAACAGACACGGCCAUGAGUAUGUUUAAUGUAAUGUCCUGUGAUCCGAAAUCCUCAAUUUCUACUUGACCAAAAUUUCCUGUACUUUGAAAAUACGCUGAUGUGAGGUAGCCUAUUUAGCACUAAAUUCUGAAUCUCUUCUGCUCCGUGGCUGCAUUUUAGGACUAUGAGGAAGAACUUAAAGCACAUGGUAACCUGAAGUUGCAGUACAAUGAGAUGAAGGAACAGCAUAACGAGUUACUAAAGGAGCGUGUGCGAAAGCAGGUCUCUCUGGCUGAAGCUGAGAGGAAAUACAAAGAAGCGAUGGAGUCCAAAGCUCAGCUGGAGAAUGAGAAGUCUGACCUGUUGUCCCACGUGAACACACUACGAGCCUCAGUGCAGCAGCUGAAGGAAGAGCUCUCUGAGUCAUGCACGAAGCAUGAUGAAAUAAGGGAGAGGGAGCAAGAGCAGGAGGCUCACAGUAUUCUGAAGUUGCAGUACAAUCCAAUGACUUUAACACACAACAAGCAGUUACUAAUGGUCUCUCUGGCUGAAGCUUUGAGGAAAUAUGAGGAAGCAAAGGAAUCCAAUGCUAAGCUGGAGAAUGAGAAGUUUAACCUGAAGUACCAUGUACACAUAUUGCGAGGCUCAAUGCAGGAGCUGGAGGAAAUGCUCUUGGAUGCAGAGAUGAAGUAUGAUGCUAUAAAGCAGGAGAGGGAACAAGAGCAGGAGGCUCACAAUAUCCUGAAGAUGCAGUACAAAAAGAUGAAAGAAACUUUAACACAGUGCAAUGAGUUACUAAUGAACCAUUGCAUAGAUCUUGGAUCUGAGGAGUAUGCAGUUCUAUGAACCCCAGAUAAUUGCCAGGGGCAUGUUUAACACCUGGAUAUUCUCUCAUGUGUGUGCACAUAUGCCAAGACCUCAAAAUUAUCCUCUCUGAAUUCAGCGGUAUGGCAAUAAAGUGGGUGACUUUCCUCAGUGUUAGGAAGCUCUCCUGAGAAUUCUGGUGCUGUUAAGGGCCUGAGCCACAAGAUGGAUCAGGGGA